ACCCUCCAAUCUUUCAAGCGCGAAAAAAAAAAAACAAAUACAGAAGGAAGGAAAAGAGAAAUAAUCGAAAAUGCCCACCCCGGAAUCCGCCUCCUUCCUGGCCAAAAAGCCCACGGUGCCGCCUACCUACGAGGGCGUCGACUUCGAAGACAACGUUGCUGUCCACAACGCCCGCGACGCCAUUAUCCGUGAACAAUGGGUCCGCAGUAUGAUGUCUCGUCUUGUCGGAGAGGAAUUGGGCAAAUGUUAUGCUCGUGAGGGUGUGAAUCAUUUGGAGAAGUGUGGGGUUUUGAGGGAAAAGUACUUUGAGUUGCUGGGCGAGCGCAAGAUUAAGGGUUACUUGUUCCAGGAGAAGAAUUACUUUGCUGGGGAGGGAAAUAAGUCUGCUUAGAUUUGAGGGUUGAGGGUUGAGGAUGGGUUGAAUUGGUUUGGUUUCUGUGUUAUGUUAUGUGAUAUACAAUAUAUGCAUUGUGUUUUUAUUUUCAUACUCUUUUCUCUGGGUUUGGGUUGUGGGGAGUUGUGAUUGUAUGAUAUGUUUUGAGAUGGGGUGGGUAUAACUCUUAUCUCUUGGUUUAUGAGGUUGUUUGGUGCGAGUAGGUUGCUAUGUCUGGAUUGGUGCUAUGUAUGCAGAGUAGGACCUAUGUGUGCAUAGGCAAACCAUAUGGUAUGGGUAUUUGUAUACAAACUCAAAAUCAAUAAUAGGC